AUGUUACCUUCUUGCGGCAAAACGCAAUCUCGCUUGGAGCAAGAAUAUGUGAUAAUGACACUCCAAAAUCAAUACAUGUGUCUACUACCUUUCUCAAAGACAACCCUUUCUCAAAGACUACCUUUCUCCAAGACUACCUUUCUUGAAGACUGCCUUUAUCGAACAUUCCUUUCUCGAAGACUACCUUUCUCAAAGACUACCUUUCUCGAAGACUACCUUUAUCGAACAUUCCUUUCUCGAAGACUACCUUUCUCAAAGACUACCUUUCUCGAAGACUACCUUUAUCGAACAUUCCUUUCUCGAAGACUACCUUUCUCAAAGACUACCUUUCUCGAAGACUACCUUUAUCGAACAUUCCUUUCUCGAAGACUACCUUUCUCAAAGACUACCUUUCUCGAAGACUACCUUUAUCGAACAUUCCUUUCUCAAAGACUACCUUUCUCAAAGACUACCUUUCUCAAAGUCUACCUUUCUCGAAGACUACCUUUCUCAAAGACUGCCUUUCUCGAAGAUUACAUUUCUCGAAGAUUACCUUUCUCGAAGACUACCUUUCUCAAAGUCUACCUUUCUCGAAGACUACCUUUCUCAAAGAUUACAUUUCUCGAAGACUACCUUUCUCAAAGACUGCCUUUCUCGAAGAUUACAUUUCUCGAAGAUUACCUUUCUCGAAGACUACCGUUCUCAAAGAUUACAUUUCUCGAAGACUACCGUUCUCAAAGAUUACAUUUCUCGAAGACUACUUUUCUCAAAGAUUACAUUUCUCGAAGACUACCUUUCUCAAAGACUGCCUUUCUCGAAGAUUACAUUUCUCGAAGAUUACAUUUCUCGAAGAUUACCUUUCUCGAAGACUACCGUUCUCAAAGAUUACAUUUCUCGAAGACUACCUUUCUCAAAGAUUACAUUUCUCGAAGACUACCUUUCUAA